UGGAGGAUCAUUUGGGUCUCAUUCAGGUGUAAUAUGGCUGUCAGAUGUUGACUGUGACGAGGGAGAGACAUCCCUGCUCCGUUGUAGACACAGUGACUGGGGGGACACAACAGGCUGCACACAUUCACAAGAUGCAGGAGUCAUUUGUAGUGCAAACUCUUUGGAUAUAGGAGCAGGAGUGCCAUAUUUUGAGAAGUGCAGUGAGAACACUUGCUACAUCGAGGAUCCUAGUUUCACAACAUUUCAGAGUGCAAGGCAGACAUGUCAGUCAAUUGGAGGUGAUGUAGUCUUAGUUGACACAACUGAAGAAAGCACUUUACUGACCGAAAUAUGUCUACGAAGUACCUAUCCUCAACAGAUCCUACUGAUGGGAGCAACUUACAAUACAGAACAAUGGGUGUGGUUUACUGGAGAACCAGUAAGUCCGGCAGUCAUAUCUUGGGCAGUUGGUCAGCCUGAAGAUCCAUCUACUCAGCCAUAUCUGUGUAUUGAUACCAUUACUGGUCUUUGGCAUGACUGUAGAAUUUCUUUACAGGGAGUUUUGUGUGAGAUCAAAUACCCAAUAUCCUGUUCUGAACUGGGCUGCUGCUCUGGCAAAAACAGUUCCUGUAAGGUGGAAUUACGCAGCUGUUUUUGUGAUGAACAUUGCACUAAAGCAGGAGAUUGUUGUGAAGACUAUGUGGACACCUGUGGAGAGAUUGAUGAAUGCUUUGCUAGCACACGUGUCACUGGUGACAUAUCAAGGAGUACCAUGUACCAUAAGAAUGCCAUUGAAGCAGUAGCAUGUGAUGAUAAAAUAGAGGAGGGUUGGUUUAGAUUUGACAUGAUAACUGGAAAUGAUAUGCCUGUGACCUGCCAUUUUGAAGGAGACUGUGGUACAGAUAAUCCCAUAUGGCUGAAUGGUUCCUUACCCUCCGCUGAUGAUGGUGUCAUUAAUGGUACUGUAUGUGUGAAGAAUAACACUGUUUGUUGUGCCAAGACAUAUGACAUACAGAUAAAGAAUUGUUCUACGUACAAUGUAUAUCAUCUGCCACCUGUGAGUCAGUGUUCUGAGCGUUACUGUAUAGGUGAUAAGGUACUAUGUCCCCCAGGAACUAUAUCAGAAGAUGGUUUUGAACCAGGUUGUUCAGAUAAUUUCCCAAAUAUAACACAGCAACCAGACAUUCAAGUGGAUGAAAGAGUUGAACGUUAUAUUUUUGAAAAUAUAACAAAAAAGGAGCUUAUGUUCACCUGCCUGCCCUUCUAUGAUCAAGUCCCUGCAGACAAGCUGUCUCUGCUCUUCUUUGAUGUGAAAUGGUACAUUAAUUCACAACUUGUCCAUGAGGAAGACAACGUUGAUGUGGCUGAUUUGCCUGCUCAGCUCAGAGAAAGUGUCUGGCUCAGCAAAUCCAUUACUCUUGGCUUUCAGGUAAAAUGCAGAGUAAAGGGAAAGUAUGUACAAGAUGGAGAACUUGUUGGUGCCAGAAGUUUGGCUGUUGAAAGUCCAGAGUUUUUUGCAGGUAUAAAGGUGCUGAAUUCAAGUGACUUUCCAAUUAGAAUAAAAGAAAAUGAUCCCAAUCCUGCCAUUAUAGCUUUUCAACCAACAGUGCCAAUCCUAUGCACUGACAUUCCAGUGUUUGACUUUUAUUGUGAAGAUAUCUUUCUCCAAGUGGAAGUCCGCAUUCCACAACAGUGGAAACAAGCACUGUGUCCAUCAGAGGGUGGAGUUAGUCAAAGACAGGAGGCAGUGGUAGAGGCAUGUGGUAUACAGAUAAAUGCUAAACACUGGAAUAAAACUGUCACCUUGAAAAUAGCCCCAGUCAUAGAUGGAAUAUAUGAUGGAGACCAAAUCACCAAAGUGCUGCUGUCAACAGCUGAGUUUAAUGUUCAUCAAGCCUGGAGCAACUACAGACUACCAGAUAUACCAAUAUUGGUGAUUGAUACAGACAUGACUUUAAAAGGACUUGUGUGUAUGGCAAACAGUGACCCACAUAUGAUGACCUUUGAUGGUGUUCGAUAUGAAUGCCAGCUUCCAGGAGAAUUCAUAAUGUAUAAACACCAAACUCUGCCAAUCCAGGUGCAUGGUUUCUUCAAAAAGUGUAAUAAUGGACGUGCUUUUUGUCCUUGUGCUGUCACAGUCAUGUCUGGGGGCGAUCUGUUUAUUUUCGACAGAUGUAGAGCUGGAACAGGGUCUCAAACAACUAAGGGCAUUAAAAAACCAAUGCGUUCAGGACUUUUGGGUUGUGAACAUGGACAAAUGAGAGUGGAGUCAUUUAAUAAUGCAAAAGAUUUUAAGAUAUAUUUGCCAACAGGAGGUUAUGUAUAUGCCAGAUCAUAUUAUUACAUAGAUGACUAUUACAUGAAUAUCCACAUUCACCCAGGGUCUAGGGAUGUAGAAUCUACUGUAGGGCUCUGUGGAACUCUGAAUGGAAACAAAAAUGAUGAUUUUCUACGACGUGAUGGUACAACAGACCCUAUCUCAUUGUACCCCAAUGAUUUCUCACUGUCAUGGAGAGUAUCUGAUGCGUCAGAUUCAAUGUAUAAUGGCAUCCCAACAUCCUCCAAUGUGACCUUCAUUCAAGCAGAGUAUUGCAGAUGCUCCACCACAGGUGACCAGAUUGUGUUUAACAGUUCUCUUCCACUGGAUUGUAGCUACACAGAGAAUGUUGCAAAGUGUGCUUCAGACAACAGCUACUCAGUGAAACAACUUGCAAAAUGUCGAAAAAGAAGAGCUGCUGCUAGUCAUGACGAAAUAUUUGAGAUACGUAAAUUUGAAUAUAAUGCAGAUGACAGAAUAGAGGAACCAGAAUGGAAGAAUGGUUGGACAGAAGCUAAGGCAGAUGAGUUCUGCAGUAAUUAUAUAUAUAACAGCAGUGCUGGGAAAGCUUGUCAAGCAGUAGAGAAUGUGGAUUAUGAAGUUGCACUCAAAGGAUGCAAGGAUGACAUACAUUUGACAGGAGACAAUGCCUGGGCACUUGCAGCACUCGAUUCUAUCAAGGGAAUGUGUGUUGGAGAACUGUCCAAAAAUGAGAGCUACUGGGUAGUUGACAACUCUACAGGAGAGGUUGCUCUUCCAGAAGAGUUGGAUGUCAUCAAGUGCCCUAAUGAUUGCAGCAGCAAUGGUGUAUGUACUAGAAAUAAUGGUACUAGCUCCUGUGAAUGUUACCCAGGGUAUGUAUCAAGUGAUUGUUCUAUCAGCAGGGAUACUAUUCCUGACUUAUAUUAUAUGCCAACAAAUGGGCUUUGUGACAUAUCUCAGCGACCAUGUCUUGAAACUCCAGUUUAUGGAGGCCCGUUUGUACAGUCAUCAAACCUGUCUUGUAAAACAGAACAUCUCACGGCAUCUGGUGUGAUUACUGAAUAUAACGAUGCAGAGUUCGUUCAUGAAGAAGAGGUGAUCUGCCCAUUCCCAAAAUUACGUCAAAAGAGGAGUGAUAUCAGUAGUGAUGAAGUGAUCAAGGUUUACAAUAUCAGCAUCAGUAACAGUGGUACCAACUACAGUCAUCCUCUGAAAGUGGCUGUGUAUGACUCUAAAUGCUACAGAUGUGAUGGGCCAUCACAAUGCCACUUAAAGAAUGGAACAUGUAGCAUAAAUGGUAAAUGCUAUAAUAAUGAGGAACAAAACCCCAGUGAUGCCUGCCAAAUCUGCAAUCCUAAUGUCACUACUAGUGAUUGGUAUCUUCGGCCCAGCACCUGCACCAUUGACAACCAGUGUUACACAGAUGGUCAAGAAAGGACAGGGUCUUUUUGUGAUGUUUGUUCUUCAGAUAAGAACAGAAAUUCUUGGGAUAUUAAGAAUGGAACCUGCAGAAUUGGAGAAAUGUGUUAUAAGGAAAAUGACACAAAUCCUGAUGACCCAUGCCAGAUUUGCAUCCCAUCUUGGAACAAAACUGCUUGGUAUAUACAGAGUAAUGCAUGUAGAAUAAAUGGGAGUUGUUAUCACAAGGGAGAGGCACAGGAAGGAAAGUCAUGCAAAGUUUGCAACCCAGCUGUCAACAUCACAGAUUGGGUGCUUCUGAAUGAAACAUGCUAUGUGAACUCUACUUGCUAUAACAGUAGUGACAGAAAUCCUUCAGAACCCUGUGAAUUAUGUGACCCAAAGUACAGCACAGAGACAUGGUUUGAGCUGAAUGGCACCUGCAGUAUAAAUGGUUCAUGCUACAAUGAAACCCAACAGAACCCAGCAAGACCAUGUCAGAUUUGUGAUCCCAGAGUGUCAAACACAAAGUGGACACAGCUGAAUGAAACUUGUGAACUUGAUGGGAAAUGCAUUAGCAACCUACAAUCAAGGAGUGGUCACAUGUGUCACAUUUGUUCCCCCAGCACCUCUAGAACCUCUUGGACAAUCAAGAAUGGCACCUGCAGUAUAAAUGGUUCAUGUUACAAUGAAACCCAGCAGAAUCCAGCAAGGCCAUGCCAGAUUUGUGAUCCCAGAUUGUCAAAUACAGAAUGGACAGAUCUGAGUGAAAGUUGUGAAAUUGAUGGAAGCUGUAUUAGCAACCAAGUAUCAAAAGAUGGUCACCCAUGUCACAUUUGUUCCCCUGGCACUUCUAGAACUUCUUGGACAAUCAAGAAUGGCACCUGCAGUAUAAAUGGUGUAUGCUACAAUGAAACCCAGCAGAAUCCAGCAAGGCCAUGUCAGAUUUGUGAUCCCAGAGUGUCAAACACAGAGUGGACAGAUAUGGAAGACACUUGUGAACUUGAUGGUAAAUGUGUCAGCAGCCUAGAAUCAAGAGAUGGUCAUGUGUGUCACAUUUGCUCUCCCACCACUUCUAGAACCUCUUGGACAAUCAAGAAUGGCACCUGCAGUAUAAAUGGUUCAUGUUACAAUGAAACCCAGCAGAAUCCAGCAAAGCCAUGCCAGAUUUGUGAUCCCAGAGUGUCAAACACAGAAUGGACAGAUCUGGAUGAAACCUGUGAAAUUGAGGGAAGUUGCAUUAGCAACCUACAAUCAAGGAGUGGUCACAUGUGUCACAUUUGUUCUCCCAGCACCUCUACAACCUCUUGGACAAUCAAGAAUGGCACCUGCAGUAUAAGUGGUUUAUGCUACAAUGAAACCCAGCAGAACCCAGCAAGGCCAUGCCAGAUUUGUGAUCCAAGAGCAUCAAACACAGAGUGGACAGAUCUGAGUGAAAAUUGUGAAAUUGAGGGGAUCUGCAUUGGCAGCCUUGAGUCAAGAAGAGAUCAUUUGUGUCACAUUUGUUCUCCCAGCACCUCUAGAACCUCUUGGACAAUCAAGAAUGGCACCUGCAGUAUAAAUGGCUCAUGUUACAAUGAAACCCAGCAGAACCAAGCAAGACCAUGCCAGAUUUGUGAUCCAAGAUUGUCAGACACAGAAUGGACAGAUCUGAAUGAAACUUGUGAACUUGAUGGGAAAUGCAUUAGCAAUCAAAAAUCAAAAGAUGGUCACAUGUGUCACAUUUGUUCUCCCAGCACCUCUACAACCUCUUGGACAAUCAAGAAUGGUACCUGCAGUAUAAAUGGUUCAUGUUACAAUGAAACCCAGCAGAAUCCAGCAAGGCCAUGCCAGAUUUGUGAUCCCAGAGUGUCAAACACACAGUGGACAGAUCUGAGUGAACGUUGUGAAAUUGAAGGGAGAUGUAUUGGCAGCCUAGAAUUAAAAGAUGGUCACAUGUGUCACAUUUGUUCUCCCAGCACCUCUAGAACCUCUUGGACAGUCAAGAAUGGCACCUGCAGUAUAAAUGGUUCAUGUUACAAUGAAACCCAGCAGAAUCCAGCAAGACCAUGCCAGAUUUGUGAUCCCAGAGUGUCAAACACAGAGUGGACAGAUCUUAAUGGUACCUGCAGUAUUAAUGGUUCAUGCUACAAUGAAACCCAGCAGAACCCAACAAGACCAUGCCAGAUUUGUGAUCCGAAUGUUUCAAAGACAAAUUGGACUGAUCAGAAAGAAACCUGUGAACUUGAUGGGAAAUGCAUUAGCAACCUGCAAUCAAGGGAUGGUCACAUGUGUCACAUUUGUUCUCCCAGCACCUCUAGAACCACUUGGACAAUCAAGAAUGGCACCUGCAGUAUAAAUGGUUCAUGCUACAAUGAAACCCAGCAGAACCCAGCAAGGCCAUGCCAGAUUUGUGAUCCCAGAGUGUCAAACACAGAGUGGACACAGCUGAGUGAACGUUGUGAAAUUGAAGGAAGAUGCAUUGGCAGCCUGGAAGCAAGAGAUGGUCACGUGUGUCACAUUUGUUCUUCUGGCACUUCUAGAACUUCUUGGACAAUAAAGAAUGGCACCUGCAGUAUAAAUGGUUCAUGCUACAAUGAAACCCAGCAGAACCCAGCAAGGCCAUGCCAGAUUUGUGAUCCCAGAGUGUCAAAUACAGAGUGGACACAGCUGAAUGAAGCUUGUGAACUUGAUGGGAAAUGCAUUAGCAACCUGCAAUCAAGAGAUGGUCACAUAUGUCACAUUUGUUCUCCCAGCACCUCUACAACCUCUUGGACAAUCAAGAAUGGCACCUGCAGUAUAAAUGGUUCAUGCUACAAUGAAACCCAACACAAUCCCACAAGGCCAUGCCAGAUUUGUGAUCCAAGCAUGUCACAGACAGAGUGGAUUAUUUUGAAUAACACAUGUUUGAUAGAUGGUGUUUGUUACAAUACAUGUCAAGCUAACCCAGUGGACAAUACUACAGUCUGUCAUUCCAGUACCACGGCAUACAACUGGACUUCAGCUGAUGUGUGUGACCAUAUUGGUAGUGCAGCUGAGGCACCUUCAGUGUCAGAUGCCAGCAGCCAGAUAGCAAUUGUCUUAGGAGGCGUUUUGGGGAGCAUAUCAUUUAUUGCUGUAACUCUAAUAGUGGUUGCAGCAAUUAGACAUACCCUACAUUGGAAAUCAAAGCAAAAGAAAAGGAAAAAUGUAUAUUUGAAAUCCAAUUUGGGAUCCAGUCUCAGCAAAACGCCACAUUUAGGCUAUGUCCAUGCCCAGAACACCAAUAUGCUGAGAGGAGACAGAUACAUUGGUGAUCCUGCUGCUAUUGGCAGAGACAACCAGGGAUACCAGAGCUCUACAGAAAGAAGAUAUGAAAGAGGCUCCAAACAACAGGACAACAUCAGACAUCAACCAGUUUAUAUGAUAGGGCCACAUAUGCAUAUUCCUCCACCAGAUUAUUGAACAACAUGAUCACAGACUAACAUGUGGUUUUAAAUAGGACUGGUGCCAUUUUUGUUGAUAGACAAGAAUUAUUUAAAACAUCAAAACAGAAGUUCAACAUACCCAAGCCAUACCAAUAAUACAUUGUAUCACACACACACACGCAUGCACACAUGCACACGUGCACACACAUGCAGGAAAUUAGGGCACGUUCACAAUGAAUUACUGAACCUAGCUACUGCACACAAGAUGAAUGGGGAAUGUCACUGAAUGAAAUCAUAUUAACAGAUGUAUAUAAUAUUCAACUAACACUACACUGACUCCCCGACACUAGAAUGCCAAACAAGUAGGUACAUCAAUAUUAUGGCUAAUGUUGUGAAUGAAACUCAUUUGCAUUAAAUUACUUUAAACUGCUAAUGUACUUUUAUUUACGUAAAAUUACUUAAGUGAGUACUUUUGUUCAUUACAGCCUGUACCUGUAAGCAAAAUACACCAUUUAACUUGUCCAGUGUGUGAGCAACACCAAGAAAGUAAUUGAUUUAUUAUAUUUAAAUAUGUUAAAAUGUAGUACCAUAUAAAUACACAAAAUAUACCAUUUCUAAAUA